AACACAGUAGUGUUGGCAAUCUGCAAGUUUUUCCAGUUCCCUCACGCUGGGCCUCACAUCCACCUGUGACUAACAUGAGGAUACAAGGGCAACCCGAGAGCGUCAGGAGGCGCCUGGAUUUAAGUGCUGCCGCGGAGCUCAGGGGUGUGGAGAUCAUCCGUGGCCGGGCCGGAUAUGGAUUCACAAUUUCCGGACAGAAACCGUGCCUGCUGAGCGGCAUCAUGGAGGGGAGUCCUGCCCAUGUGGUGGGUCUCAGACAAGGUGAUUGCAUCAUGGCCAUCAAUGGAACAGACGUGUCCACCGCGUCGCAUGAAUCCGUGGUACAGCUGGUCGGCAGCUGCACAGGACCCUUGCGCUUGGUUGUGCUGGCCGAGCGCCGCAUCAUGGGAAACCCCAUCCUUAACGAUGCAAAGUUUGGCUUUGUGCAGAAAAGUGACGUUUUCAAAAAGCCGAGUGUUCUCCGAACUAUAUCGGACGAUUCAAGCAAUUCUUCCUUUAACGCUAAUCAUGCAGCCAGUACCAAACAGAGACCCAUUUCAGAGCCUGACAUGUCCCAGUGGACACAACAGUGGGGUGUUUUAGCGGAACAAACAAAGAAGACAUCCACAGAUUCUUUCCACGUUGUUUCCACACACACAGAGGAAGCUAAGCCGCACUGGGCUAUUUUAAAUAUGACAUUAGUGGUCGGCUACUUGAGCUCUACAGAGUUGAUUUUGAACUCUAACGAUUCGGAGGAUGACUGUUUAAAAGCCAUUCGGGAAAGGAUCCGACAGCUGGGUACCGAGCAGGACACCCAUACUCUGGUCAUGAUGAAGGUCAUGUUUGACUGCAUCAGACUGUGUGACGAUGCGGGAGCCGUUAUGGCUGCCUUCCCUGCUGAGAACCUUGUUUUAGGAGCUGUGUGCGCUGAAGACCCACGUUUCUUUUGCCUGGUUACCACAGCACAUAUUAUUAAUGGCCGUGUACUAGAAGAAGGUCCUCUGCGGGCCUCUUGCCACGUAUUCUUUAUUGACCCGGAACUGGGAAAUCACGAGGACCACAAAGGGAUUGCUGGCCGCUUUGGCUUUGAUUGCACCCCAGAUCCAGAUGCCUUUGGCUGUCUGGAGUUCCCUCAGACUCCCCUAGACGUCCUUCACUUUGUAACGGUCCUGUACAGUGACCUGGGGGAGACGGUGGAAAGGCUCAGAGUCAAACUGGACUCAGAGACUCAGCAGCAAGCGAAGGAGAGUGACACCACUAGCAAACAGGGCAGUGCCAGCAGCAAUGAAGACAGUGGUUUUGGAAAUGCUUCUCCCCCUGAGGAGAGAGCCGACAGGGAUUUCCCUCCUGAAACCCACAACCUUUCUGGGGCCCACCUCCCCAGUUGCCCGUGGGAUUACCCUCCAGCUGAAGACUUCACCCCAAUGAAACUCUUCAGGGGUGGCCAAAUAGUAAAUCCGGAACACUUUUCCAGCACACAUUCUCUUUCAGAGUCUCUACCUGGCCCAGAUUCUUUAACCAGCUUCUAUGGAGGUCCCCCGCCUAGGCUAAAGUUCCGGUUUAAGCCCCCACCCCCUCCUAUACCGUUGGCUAAAAAAACAAACUUUUUGGCAGAUCCUCUAAGAAGUAGCCAAAGGUGGUUCUCGAAACCAAAAUGGGCUAAAGGCCCACCUCAAGUGACAUCCACAAAUAAGUGGUCCUCAGACACCAGCGCUGCCACACAUAACCCACCCCCUCCAACGAGUCAGAUACCCUUAGACGGGUACCAGUCCAAAGAGGCCAUGAUGCCCCCCAGAGAAGAGUGGACCAAAAGGUUUCUCGAACAAAGACAGAAACAACAGACUGAUGGCAGCGGCAAAAGUGGAUCCAGGUUCUGGGGUAUGGGUGUUGUUCGCGCGUCCAAGCGUCGUUCUGCCAAACGUCUCAGCAUGGCUCGGUCCCUGGAUGAUCUCGAGUCCGCUGCUUCUUCAGAUGGUGAUUACAGUGGGAUCCAGCUGCAGGGAUGCUGCAGCCACAGCAGCCUGACCAGCAAUGGCAGUCUUCCAGGAGCAGGCAGCAACAGAAGGGACCGGGAACAAUGCGUGGCCAGCUGGGCCACCUGCUUCGAGCGGCUUCUCCAGGACUCCGUGGGCGUGCGCUACUUCACGGAAUUUCUCAAGAAGGAAUUCAGUGAGGAGAAUAUCUUGUUCUGGCAGGCCUGUGAAUACUUCAGUCAUGUCCCUGCAACGGAUAAGAAGCAGCUGUCCCAGAGAGCCGGGGAGAUCUACAACAGCUUCCUGUCCAGCAAGGCCACCAUGCCGGUCAACAUCGACAGCCAGGCCCAGCUGGCCGACGACGUCCUCACGUCGCCGCGUCCCGACAUGUUCAAGACCCAGCAGCUACAGAUCUUCAACCUGAUGAAGUUCGACAGCUACUCGCGGUUCCUCAAGUCCUCCCUCUACCAGGAGUGCCUGCGUGCCGAGGUGGAGGGUCAGCCUCUGCCGGAGCCCUUCCAGAUCCCGUGCAGCCCCGCGCCCUCCAAACACAGCGCCAGCUCCGACCGCUCCACCCUUUCCACUCCCAAAAAGGAACCAAGAAAGCAGAAACCCGGGAAGUCGCCGAAUGAAGACAGCAGCGAGAGCGCAGACAAGAAACGGGGGAUUUUCUUUUCGUGGUCCCGUAACAGGAGCUUUGGGAAGGGUCCAAAGAAGAAGGACAUUGGGGACAUUAAUCUGGACUAUUACAGCAGUAACGGACGCAGAGAGUCCCAGGGUUCCUUAUCGUCCAGCGCCAGUCUGGAGAUCCCCAUUUCUAGUUCUACGGCCAAGAUCGAGUCGGAUAACCGCCACUCGGUCGGAGCGUGGGAACGCUCCCCCAGGCAUUGUAGCGUGCUGCUGCCCGACGGUUCCUGCUCCUCCAUCACCCUUCGGCCCGGCGCUUUCAUUCGAGAGGUGCUCCAGGAUCUGUGUCGCAACAUCAGUGUCAACAUUGCUGCUGUUGACCUUUUCCUGGUGGGAGGAGAGAAGCCUUUAGUGUUGGACCAGGACUGUAUGACCCUCUGCUCACGAGACCUAAGGCUGGAGAAGCGUACUUUGUUCAGACUGGACCUGGUACCCAUCAAUCGCUCUGUGGGGCUGAAAGCCAAACCUACCAAACCAGUCACCGAGGUCCUCCGGCCCGUGGUGGCCAAAUACGGCCUCAGUCUGAGUGAUCUCGUGGCCAAAAUAAGCGGAGAGACUGAGCCUUUGGAUUUGGGCGCUCCGAUUUCGAAUCUGGACGGCCUGCGAGUCGUGUUGGAGCGAGCUGAUCCCUGUUCAGUGAAAGAAAAAUCCAAGUCUUCCUCCCUCAAGAACCACCCACCCAGCAGGAGUUAUUCCGCAGCAGGAGAUGAGAGGUCAACACCAAAGGACUUGUCUGUGAGAGCAAGUGGACCAGACUCAGGACCCCCGGGGGAAAAGAGAAAACAGAAAAAGAUAAAUAUAGAUGAAGCUGAAGAAUUCUUUGAGCUGCUGAGUCGGGCUCAGAGCUCCCGGGCCAACGACCAGCGAGGACUCCUGAGCAAAGAAGACCUGGUGCUUCCCGACUUCCUGCGCCUGACUCCGCCCACUUCCUCCUGCUCCGUUUCCUCUGACCUGGCCUGCUCCACCCCGGCUUCGGCGAAACAGAGCCGGGAGAAAGGCGGCCCCCCACGGGGGUCCCUCACGUCUGGCGUACGGUCCGAGAGCCUGGACUCGUCCCUCAGCUGCAGCGCCAAUGGACACUCCGCAGCCAGGCGCUGCCUGCUGCCCCCUCCCCCCCGCCACGCCACCUUUGGCACCCACCUCUCCCCCAUCCAGCGGCCCUCGGACACCCGGCCCAGUCUCCGCACGGUGGAGGAGGACGCCCCCGCCGACCUGACGCUCGUGGCCGAGGGCGACAUCAGCAGCCCCAACAGCACUCUCCUCCCACCGUUACCACCCCCCCCGGCGUCCUUCAACAGCAGCCUCCCAGAGGCCAACUUCACUCCUCCACCCCCCUGCUCCCAGCACACAGGUGGAGAGGGAAAGUCCAGUUCAGAGGGAAGACCAGAACCCACCCACAACGUCAAACCACCUGCCGACAGGGCAGACGCUGCACAGCCGCAGCUUCAAGACGUGAUGGAUGUGGAGGGAGUGCAUCUAGAAGAAGGAACGCUUGAAACUUCCCAGGGAGAGGACUCUGAGCUCAGCUUGAGCUUCCAGGGCUACGUCGCCGAGCUGCGACAGUGCCAGACCAAAAUGAGGGGUGCCCAGCUGCCCCAAAAUGGCCGCAACCCACCAGAGGGCAAAGACUGCCAGUCGGAUCUGUACAAGGCCACUAUUGUCUGAAGGGACCCUCUCCUUGCCCCCACACUACUGCACUUUUUAAGCCAGAGGCACUGAUGUCUGAAUGAUAAGUAAAAUAAUAAGCUGCACGUAAAGAUGUCGAUAUUUUCUCUUGAAAUGAACAAAAAUGAAAUAAAU